AGCACCGGAAGGACUCUUGUCCUCCAGCCAAUCCGAGCGGUGGCUUUGUGUGAAUGAAGAGUGAGCAUCACACAGACUAAAACCUCCUCCUGUGUCCAACAUCUGAUAUUAGAAGGGUAGGAUUCUCAGCCUGAAAUCUCAAACCAAACAUUGUGUCCAGAUCUGAUAGAGUCAUCCAAUUCAUCGGGACCUGAAUAUCAUCGGCCGUUGAAUCUGGAAGGAGAAAUAUUUGUCUGUUCUGGCUGGUUCAAAAGGUUUUCAUCAUCAGUGUUACUGGGUAAUCACCGAGACACACACACCUGAGUGAGAGUGUUCCAGUGAAAUGAGCGUGGAAAGAACUUUAACCAGUUACACAGCCUGAAAGUACAUAACACUAUUCACAGCAGGGUGAAGCUGUGCACGUGUUCUGUGUGAGGACGAGGCUUCAACUGAUCAUCAAACCUGCAGGGUCACAAGGACACCUGUAUCAUGGAGAAGCUGUGGAUAUGUGGGUACUGUGGGAAGGGUUUCCGGUUCCCGUCUGCGCUGGAAACUCAUCGACGCAUUCACACUGGGGAGAGACCAUUCACUUGCUCCAUGUGUGGGAAGGGAUUCACUGAUUCAUCCACCCUUCGGAAACACCUUCAUGUUCACACCAUGGAGAGGCCGUUCACCUGCUCCGAGUGUGGGAAGGGAUUCAGGGAUUCAUCCCACCUGUUGACACACCAGCGGGUUCACACCAAGGAGAGGCCAUUCACCUGCUCGGAGUGUGGCAAGAGAUUCAGUCAUACAUCCCACCUGUUGACACACCAGCGAGUUCACACGGGGGAGAGACCGUUCACCUGUUCUGUGUGUGGGAAGGGAUUCACUCAGUCUUGCAACCUGGUGAUGCACCAACGGGUUCACACUGGGGAGAGGCCGCUCACCUGCUCUUUGUGUGGAAAGCGAUUCAAUCACUUAUCCAACCUGCUGAGACACCAGCGAGCUCACAGUGGAGAGAAGCCGUUUACCUGCUCUGAGUGUGGAAAGGGAUUCACUGAUUCAUCCAACCUGCUGAGACACCAGCGAGUUCACGCCGGGAGAGACUAUUCGCCUGCCCUGAGUGUGGGAAGGGAUUCAGUCAGUUCUCGAGCCUGUGGAAACACCAGUGAGCUCACAUUGGGGAGAAGUCAUUCACCUGCUCUAAGUGCGGGAACGGAUUCUCUCAGUCACCACACCUGCUGACACCUGCGAGUUCACAAGUGAUUACAGAGGUUGGAUUCUGCUAUUAUCGCUGUUGUUAAUCACAUCCAGAACUGAAACAUGUUCAUUCUGACACGUGGUGAAGUGGGAGGGUCAGAGGGUUUCUUUCUGCUGGACUGGCCAGUCUCAUGACUUUGCUUCCAGUGGGCUGAUGCUCUUUGAGCCUGGGAGUGCGUAUUUUCACUGAAAUGAUCCACAAAAGCUGAUGAAGCACAUUUAUUUUAUCAUGGUAGUAAAUAGUGUUUUUCCUACCACUACAGGUAGAUCUGAAAUAAAUGCAUUUGUCUCUGUUCCAUUGAGCCUUGAAGCUGGAGUGAGGAUUUAUGAGAAUGACACAAGUCAUCAGUUAAAUGGUGCAUUCUCCAUGGCAAUGCAUCCACCAAUCAGAGUCCAUUUGCCAACAAAUCAGCACACUCCUCUCAUGAAGUAUUGUUGUUCCCUUCACAUUUGAUCUUCUUGCGAAUGUUCGGGGGCGAGUGCAAGAUGAAAAACCUCGACGUCUCUUUUUUCCACAAUUACUGUUUUAAUUAACAAACAGUAACAAAGAUUGAAUAAUAAUAAAUUAGCAGUUAUAGUAAAAAAUUGAAUUUUAUUUGCUGUGAACAUGUAAAACCUUAAUUUCUGUGUAUGUAAAGAAUGUGCAAUGAUAAUAAAUGUACUGGCAAGAGAGACCUUCAAGCUCUGAUUAGCCUCAACAUUUGAAACUGUAUGAAUAAGGGAUGGUAUAGAAUCAGAUAAAGGGAUAGUGUCAAACAGUU